AUGUUUUAUGAAUGGUUCAAGAACCGAGAGAGUGCAAAAACGGAGGGGAUACUAUGUAAUGAGAAUUUGAGAGCCUUAGCGAGCCAUUGGCUACAAGAGAAAGGUUCACUUGCUGGAACAAUUUGGGAAGGUUUGAAAGUAUUGAAUAUUUACUUGAUGGUUUGUGAACGACUCGUUCUUAGUCUAUUCGCAGCAAAGAAAAGUAGUAGGGACGUACUGAUCUUUCAAGUCUAUUUCCUGGCUAGAGAAAAUUAUUGGCGUAUCCCCAUGCUCUAUAGAGCAGGAUCAGAUGACAGAUUGACUUUGAAAGCUAUGCUAAGACUUUUUAAGAUUUUCACACUGUAUCAGUGGUUGAAUAUGUGGAGAAGCAAUGCAGGCGGCAUUCCUUUUCAUUGUUUUCCUCAGCUGAGAUGGACGACAAAGUGGGGUGGUAUGAUUACAGCGCACUUUUGCUAUCCGGCAUGGUUCGCAGGAGGUGGGUUUUCCAUUGCGGCGCAGUAUGGCGACUGCUUAUCGUAA